AUGGGCGGCCAUUCGGACAUGACAGAUGGAUGAAGAAAAAAAAAGACAUAAAAAGAAAAAAAACGAUCAUUCUUUUUAGUCUACCCCACACGCUCCACUCUCAGCACUCUUCACCUUCUUAGUUGUCUCCUUUUGGCGUUUCUCCACCGAAAUCCCAACACUCAACCCCUCUCUCUAUAAACCCUAGAAAUCUUCAGAAGAAAGGCACAAAAACCCUUACAAUAGAGGUCGGAUACACGUGGCAUUUCCCCUUACUCGAUGCACCUAUAGCUCGGCGGAUAGAAUGUCGACCUCCGACGCGCCGAAGCGCGCCCGCCCGGGGCCGUGGCCGCCGGUCCCCCCCACCGAGCCGACCACGUCAGCAAUGCCGGCAUCGUCGUGGGCGAAGAAGACGGGCUUCAAGCCGAGGCUCUCCGGCGAUACGAAUGCCAGCGACUCCGGUCAAAUUGUUGCUGCUGCCGCUCCCGUGAAGCCACGCGAAGCUGAACCACAGCCCGAUCUGGAAUCCGGCCGGGCAGUACGGGCAGUGAAUGGCGGGCAGGAGCCUGACAAAAUGCCGGCGACUGCGGCGGAUAGGGAUCUAGCUACUAAGAAGAAGAAGGAGUCGGAUGGAGGCGCUGGAGUGAAUGGACAGCUUCGGUCUGAGCCACCACCGGUGAAGCAUACCCGGGAAGAGGAGGUUGUCGAUGCGUUGCCGCAAUCAUAUGGUGAUGAAGGUUUUGUGGCCCGGCACUCGCAUAUGAAGUACGAGCUCAGAGAUACACCUGGCCUCGUUCCUAUCGGAUUGUAUGGAUUCCAACAUUAUCUUUCUAUCAUGGGUUCUUUGAUACUCAUUCCGCUCGUUAUAGUUCCUGCGAUGGGCGGCACACAUGAAGACACUUCCAUGGUGGUGUCGACUGUGCUUUUCGUGUCAGGGGUGACGACACUUUUGCACACAUUCUUUGGGUCAAGGCUGCCAUUGAUACAAGGCCCCUCUUUCGUAUAUCUAGCUCCGGCCUUGGCAAUAAUCAACUCCCCCCAGUUUCUGACAUUGAAUGGGAAUAGUUUUAAGCACAUCAUGAAGGAGCUACAAGGGGCUAUAAUUAUAUCUUCUGCAUUUCAAGCAAUAAUGGGUUACAGUGGUCUGAUGUCAAUCUUUUUGAGGUUGAUCAAUCCAGUGGUUCUAUCCCCAACCAUUGCAGCUGUUGGACUUUCAUUUUUUAGUUAUGGUUUUCCUCAAGUGGGUACGUGCCUGGAGAUUGGUAUACUACAGAUAUUGGUGGUCAUUAUUUUUUCUCUUUAUCUUCGUAAGGUAUCAGUAUUUGGUCAUCGAAUAUUUCUAAUCUAUGCGGUUCCAUUGGGCCUGGCGAUCACAUGGGCCGUCGCUUUCCUUCUAACGGAAGCUGGGGCCUACAACUACAAAGGUUGUGAUAUUAAUGUACCUGCUUCAAAUAUUAUAUCCGAUGCCUGCAGAAAGCAUGUCUCAAGGAUGAAACAUUGCCGUGUGGAUACUUCUCGUGCACUGAAAUCUUCUCCAUGGUUUAGAUUUCCAUACCCGUUACAGUGGGGUGUGCCUGUCUUUGACUGGAAAAUGGCUAUUGUUAUGUGUGCAGUAUCCAUAAUUGCAUCAGUUGACUCAGUUGGAUCAUACCAUGCAUCUUCCUUGUUGGUGGCUUCUAGACCUCCAACUCCUGGUGUUCUCAGUCGAGGGCUUGGUUUGGAGGGCCUUUCAAGUGUUUUAGCAGGUCUCUGGGGCACAGGAACUGGGUCUACGACCCUCACUGAGAAUGUUCACACUAUUGCUGUGACCAAAAUGGGUAGUCGGAGAGCCGUUGAGCUUGGUGCUAUUGUUUUGAUACUCUUGUCUCUUGUAGGUAAAGUUGGGGGCUUUCUUGCUUCAAUUCCUGAUGUCAUGGUUGCUGCUCUCCUUUGUUUUAUGUGGGGGAUGCUUGCGGCACUGGGCUUGUCAAAUCUACGUUAUAGUGAAGCGGGAAGCUCCAGAAAUAUCAUCAUAGUUGGGCUCUCUUUGUUCUUUUCCUUAUCAAUACCCGCAUACUUCCAGCAAUAUGGCGUUGCUCCCAACGCCAACUCACCAGUACCGAGAUAUUUUCAGCCAUACAUUGUGGCAUCUCAUGGACCUUUCCGUAGCAAAUAUGGCGGGCUGAACUAUGUCAUGAACACAGUAUUGUCCUUUCACAUGGUCAUUGCGUUUCUGGUUGCUCUAAUCCUUGACAACACUGUACCGGGCAGCCGGCAAGAACGUGGUGUUUAUGUCUGGUCCGAAGCAGAGGUGGCAAGGAGAGAGCCAGCCAUUGCCAAAGACUACGAAUUGCCUUUCCGAGUUGGGCGAGUCUUCCGAUGGGUGAAAUGGGUUGGCCUGUGAGGUGGACUUCUUCUAGCAGUGUCAGCAUUGUUUUCUCAUGUCCGUGGACGGUCAUAUGGAGAAAGUUCUGUGCAUUGUUGUAUUUCUAAAGCAUAGAUAAUGUAUGUUGUUCUGAGUCAUAGCAAAUGACCGUCCAAGUUGGGUUUCCUUUGUUUCUUCAAUUUUUUUUUUUUCUUUUUGUUUGUCCCCCCCACCCCGUCUCUUUCUAUAUAUGCUUGCAAGCGAUGCUGUGGCUGUAAUGUUUCUCCGUUGGCCAUUGACAUGGGACUGGAGAUCUUAGGGAAAUGAGUUUGUGUACAAUAGCCUGUGGUUGAGGACCGCAAUGCCUGGAAAGAUCAUCAUCAAUGUUGUAAUGCUAAAUUAUAUAAAGAUGUGUGUAGCUCGAGUCAUAGGAAACAAGUGGCAUGAGAUGGAUUCUUUGGAAAAUUUUAAGGCGGCGUUGUCAGUGUACAGUAACUACCACUAGCAAAGAUUUUUACUUAUUUAUUUCU